CUUUGUGCUUGGUGGGGAUUCUUGGCUGCGCCCGGAGGUUGAGUAAAGCUUGUUCUAGUGGGUUCGGUGUCCACGCCGCGGCUGGGGCGGGCACCGAUGCGGGCAUGCUGCAGUUUGGACCGCGCGGCGGGGCCGGGAGGCAACGUAGUAAAAACGCUACUUCGGUUCGCGGCGUGGUCCAGGCGCCGGACGUCUUUCGUCACAGGGAUGCCAAAGCGUGGGAAAAAGAGAGUGGCGGCCGAAGACGGGGAAGAGCCCCAGCGGGAGCCAGAGACCAAGAAGAGUAAGGUGGGAGCAAAGAAAAACGAGAAAGAGGCGACAGGAGACGGCGCAGUUCUGUAUGAGGACCCUCCAGAUCAGAAAACCUCGCCCAGUGGCAAAUCCGCUACAAUCAAGAUAUGCUCCUGGAAUGUGGACGGGCUUCGAGCCUGGAUUAAGAAGAAAGGUUUAGAUUGGGUGAAGGAAGAAGCCCCAGAUAUCCUGUGCCUCCAAGAGACGAAAUGUUCAGAAAACAAACUACCAGCUGAACUUCAAGAGCUGCCUGGACUUUCUCAUCAGUACUGGUCAGCUCCCUCCGACAAAGAAGGAUAUAGUGGUGUGGGUCUACUUUCCCGCCAGUGCCCACUCAAAGUGUCCUAUGGCAUUGGUGAGGAAGAACAUGAUCAAGAAGGCCGGGUGAUUGUGGCUGAAUUUGAGUCAUUUGUGCUGGUCACAGCCUAUGUACCUAAUGCAGGCCGUGGUCUGGUGAGACUGGAGUACCGGCAGAGCUGGGAUGAAGCCUUCAGAAAGUUUCUGAAGGGCUUGGCUUCCCGUAAGCCCCUUGUGCUAUGUGGGGACCUCAAUGUGGCUCAUGAAGAAAUUGAUCUUCGUAACCCCAAAGGAAACAAAAAGAACGCUGGCUUCACUCCCCAAGAGCGGCAAGGUUUCGGUGAAUUGCUGCAAGAGGUACCACUGGCCGACAGCUUUCGGCACCUCUACCCCAACACUGCCUAUGCUUACACUUUUUGGACUUACAUGAUGAAUGCUAGGUCUAAGAAUGUUGGCUGGCGCCUUGAUUACUUCCUGCUGUCCCACUCUCUCCUACCUGCAUUGUGUGACAGCAAGAUCCGUUCCAAGGCUCUUGGCAGUGAUCACUGUCCCAUCACCCUGUAUCUAGCACUGUGAACACCCCCCUCCCCAUAUCACUUUGAGCCUGGGAAAUAUACUCUCCCCCCAGUGAACUUUUCAGAGCUUUCUAGAGAAAUCCAGUGUAUUUCUCUUCUUAACCAGUUCUUCAACCAGGCUCCCAUAACACUUAGGUUUCUUUUAAGCCGAAAGUUAAUUGUUUUCAUGUAUGUCCCUCUCCCUUUGAAACAUUAAAACCUGAUGACUUCCUUUAAACAAGCCAAGUAAAAAUAAAAGGCCAUAGUUUCCACUUUG